AUGGAAUCAGUCUCAUUUUCAUCGGAUCAUACUUCUUAUGAUUGUUGUAUUUAUCAGUAUAAUCAAUAUCAACAACAUCAACAAUACCAAUUAUACCAACAUUGCCAACAAUAUCAAUUAAAUCAACAUUAUCAACAACCUCAACCCCAACCCCAACUUCAAUACCCUCAGCAUCCUCAACAUCAACUGCCUCAACAACCCCAACAACUUCAACAACUUCAACAAUUUCAACAAUUUCAACAACCUCAACAAUUUCAACAAUUUCAACUACCCCAACAAUUUCAACAAUUUCAACAAGAGCCUCAACAAGAGCCUCAACAACCUCAAUAUGUUCCUCAACAACCUCAACAGCCUCAAUAUGCUCCUCAACAACCUCAACAACCUCAAUAUGCUCCUCAACAACAACAACAUUAUCAACAACAACAACAACAACAACAACAACUACUAUUCCAACAUCUUACCUCCAGCACUAUGACAACAACGGUAAUUACAAAUGACGGCAAUCGGUACGAUCUGGAGGCCGUAUCGAUCACUAAUGGAGUGGCUAAUUCAGCAGCCACAAUAUUAAAUAAUCAAGAAAAUGUGAAUACCGUUUAUGUAAACGAAGCGCCAAGAGAGUUUUAUAAGUUAUAUAAUCAAUGGAGUUAUAAGGCAGAAUUUUUAUCCUUGGACAUGUGUCGAUAUUAUAGAUUUAAUAAUUCAAUGGAAAAAGUUGAUUGGUGUCGUUCAAUCAGAAUUAUCAUGAAAGCUUUUAAUGAUGAAAAUACAGAUAGGAAUAAUUUUGAUAAUGCUUAUAAAGUCAAAAAUUUUUUGGAAAUUUUACCUGUGGCGAAUUUAUUAAAUAAGCGUAAUCCAGAAUUAUAUCAAAGUGGAAGAUGUAUACGUUGUAAUUACACAAUUGAAACAUGGACACAUAUCUGGAUAUGUAAUAAAGCAGAUACGUCUAUCAUUCAAAUAAUUAAUGCAGCUUUUGAAAUUUUAAAAGCUAAGUUAGAUGAAAAAGAUUUUAGGAUACAUUAUAAUUACCAUGCACGUUUACUACGUAUUUUGAAUGAAAAGCCGAGAGUGGUUUUUAAUGGUAGAAUCUUUCAUGAAGCCAUUAAAGGCAUAGUUAAUGAAAGGUUGUUUUUGGAGAUGGAGGAUAAAUUUUUUAAGGACGCUAUAGCAAGUUUUGUAGAGGAUAUACAUGAUAUGGCCAGAAAAUUCAUGUGGAGUGAGCGUUGUAAAAGUUUUAAUGAAUGGGAAAUAAAGCAGGGCAUAACGAAACAAAUGAAAAAAACAGCUAAAAGUAUUUGGUAUGAAAUAGGUGUAGAAGAUUUAUGGAAAUAUAAUAGUUUAGUUACAUUUAGAUCUUCUAAUUAUGCUUCUAAUUUUAGUAUUCUAGAUUAG